AUAUUCAUCAGAACUAUACCCGUCCAUCCCAUAACACAUACGAUGUCAGUAGAAGUAAGAAAAAGACCAAGGGAUGAUUCCACUCCUAUUCGUUCUAAGUUAGAACCACCCAAGUCAACCAAUCCAAUUGAUGAAACCACCCAACUUUCACAACCAUUCAAGAAGAUCACCACAUCACUCUAUGUUUCAUUAGCACCCAUGUAUAUAACCGACCCCAUCACCGGAAUAAAAUCACAACACUUGGACCAGUUGCUCAUGACUUAUUUCCCCAAGGCACAAGGUGUUGUUAUUGGAUACUCCAACAUAAAGUUGGAAGAAGACGAUGGAGUAGCCAAGAUUGAAGGUAGUUCUCCAUUCACAUUCUUAUGGAUUACCGUUGAUUUCCUUGUCUGGAGUCCACAAGUGGGAGAUGUACUUGAGGGAGAUAUCUACAUGAGCACAGCAUCUCACUUGGGGUUGUUGAUUGGUGAUACUUUUAACUGUUCUGUUAGAAAACACGGAAUUCCUCGAGAUUGGAGAUUUGUUCCUAUUCAACAAGACGAAGUUGAAGAAGAAGGUGAAAGUAAAGGACGUGUAAAGAGUUUCGGAUACUGGGUUGAUGAAAAUGAAGUCAAAGUUGAAGGAAAAUUGAAGUUUACUGUCAAGGCAUUGCAUACUACCGGUAGAGUUGUUUCUAUUGAAGGUACUUUAAUUCAACCUGGUCAAGAAAUAAGUGCUCAACCAGUUAAAUCUGCCGAAAAGUCAGGUAAACAUAUGAAAUUCGAUGAAGAAGAUGUCACCACUGUUGAUAUCGCUGUUGACGAAGAGGAUGAACAAUUACCAGGAUAUAUAAUUAACAGUGACGACGAGCAAGAUGAAGAUGCAGCAGUAGUGGUGAAUCAUGAAGAAGAAGAUUCUGAAGCAGUAGAGUCAGAUUAGUCAAUGUGUAUUCUAUAAAUUAAACUAUUAUUUACAAGAUUUUAUCUCAU